AGGCUGGGACGGGGGGAAAUGGCAGCGUCCUCCUCAUCCUCUUCAGCCGGCGGCGUCAGCGGCAGCUCGGUAACAGGAUCGGGGUUCAGCGUUUCGGACCUGGCGCCGCCCCGAAAAGCUCUCUUCACAUAUCCCAAAGGAGCUGGGGAGAUGCUGGAAGACGGCUCCGAAAGGUUCCUCUGCGAGUCUGUCUUCAGCUAUCAGGUUGCGUCUACAUUAAAGCAAGUGAAACACGAUCAACAAGUCGCACGGAUGGAAAAACUAGCCGGGCUGGUGGAAGAGCUGGAGGCAGAUGAGUGGAGGUACAAGCCAAUAGAGCAGCUCCUGGGCUUCACUCCCUCCUCAGGCUGAGCGUGUCUGGAUUGCUGCUGUCGGGGAGCAGUAAGAAAAACAUUCUUUGGCCUGGCUUCAAAACACACCCUCUUUUAUCAGGGUGCUGACAGCUGCAUCGGCACGGCUGGGCUUUUCGUUUUGUUGACUUGAGAGUGGGGAUCACCCAUAAAGCUGCCAGUGGAUGGAAAAGACAGGAUUC